AAAAGGGGAAAAUAAAACCACUUUUUCCGCGGUGAAUCGAUUAAAUGUGUUGGACAUGACAAUUACAUUUUUAUAAAACUAUACCACUAGAGGGAGCUGGCAUCCGCACCGCCGAAAAGUAAUUUCUAUUUUAUUUUUUUAAGUGCCCCCAGUGUGUGUCAAUCCAUUUCACACUAAUCCCUUAAUCUCUACUUUACAAAGUUGAUUCUUUCGGGUUAAUUUGAAGGAGGAUGGCCCAAAGAUGAAGGUCACCUUGCUCAGGGAGGGGGGGUUGCGAGUUCAAGCCCCCCCUGAAGACUGCCCUCUACUCCAUGCCUUGUUCACUCCUAUUUCGCUUCUUUUGUGUUGUAUUGGCAAUUUAUAUUCUGUGCCGUCUUUUAUCGUGUUCCAUCUUGCUCGAUUGUAUUUUCCUGCGUUCUGUUGGGCCCUGGAUGGCUUGUGUACCAGAGCGUCAGAGGUCGAGGGUCAAAUGGGGUGUCGAGAGGACGGCGUGUGUGGCGUUGAGGUUUCAAACGGCUCCUGAUGCGCGUUACCACAAAAUGUUACCGGUUGAAUUCUUCCUCUUUUCUUCAGUCCACGCUGGACCUUCUCGCCUUUGGCGGGGGGAGGAGGAGGAGGAGAAAGCACGCAGCCUCCUCAUACAUCAGCGACUCAUUCUCUCUCACGGCAGCAUUCGUCCUGGCAACCGAGAGGAAGAAAAUAGGUUUGACGAUGAAGAUGGCGCCUGGCUGCUUCGUUGUGUUUCUUCUCUUUCUUCCCGCAUGUCAGUCAGCACACGGCCGCUACGCUCACAAGCUGCUGAAAGAUUUGCUGACCAACUACACUAACGCCCUGCGGCCAGUGGCGGACACGGAGCACGUCAUCAACGUGACGCUGCAGGUCACGCUGUCACAGAUCAUCGACAUGGACGAGAGGAACCAGAUCCUGACGACCUACCUGUGGGUGCGGCAGGUGUGGAUGGACGCCUUCCUAGCCUGGAAGAAGGACGACUACGACGGGCUGGACACCAUCCGCAUCCCCAGCAGCUACGUGUGGCGGCCUGACAUCGUCCUGUACAACAGCGCCGACGACGAGUUCUCCAGCUCCAUGGAGACCAACGUGGUCCUGAGACACGACGGCCAGGUGAUGUGGGACCAGCCGGCCAUCACCAAGAGCUCCUGCUCGGUGGACGUGGCCUUCUUCCCCUUCGACGUGCAGGAGUGUCACCUCACCUUUGGCUCCUGGACCCACAACGGCAACCAGAUGGACUUGUUCAACGCCUUGGACAGCGCCGACCUGGCGGACUUCAUCCACAACGUGGAGUGGGAGGUCCUGGGCAUGCCCGCCAAGAAAAACGUCAUCCUUUACGGGUGCUGCUCGGAUCCGUACCCGGACAUCACCUUCACCCUCCACCUGAAGCGGAGGUCCUCCUUCUACAUCUUCAACCUGCUCCUUCCCUGCAUGAUGAUCUCCUUCCUGGCCCCGCUGGGCUUCUACCUGCCGGCGGACUCCGGAGAGAAGGUGUCACUGGGGGUCACCGUGCUGCUGGCCCUCACCGUCUUCCAGCUGCUGGUGGCCGAGAGCAUGCCGCCCUCCGAGAGCGUCCCGCUCAUCGGAAAGUACUACAUCGCCACCAUGACGAUGGUGACGGCGUCGACGGCCCUCACCAUUUUCAUCAUGAACAUCCACCACUGCGGCCCCGAGGGACGUCCCGUGCCGGCUUGGGCCGAGCGCUUCAUCCUCCAAUACUUGGCCCGCGUGUGCUUCGUGUACGAGGCGGCGGCGGCGGAGGAGCGCCCCCCGGGCGGGCCGGCCUCCCGCGAGCGGACGGAAUCCGACGGCGGCAAGUGCAACGGGGAAGCGCGGGGGGGCGACGCCGGCGCGCGGAAGGACGAGACCUCGGUCGCCCUGGACGAGGGCGGAGACGCCGCGGACGGCCGGCGCUCGGGUGGAGGCGCGGCGGAGAACCGCAAGGAGCCGUGCUCGUGCCACCAUCACCUCGGGCUGCGCCGCAACGUGGAGUACAUCGCCAACGUCUACCAGGACCAACGUGCCGCCCAGAUGCGCGUGGGAGAAUGGAAGAAGCUGGCCAAAGUCAUGGAUCGCUUCUUCAUGUGGCUCUUCUUCCUCAUGGUCUUCAUCAUGAGCGUCCUCAUCCUGGGCAAGGCCGUCUGACGCGCGCCGUCUCUGUGUUGCGCUGACGACACCAAAUGUAUCGACAAGUCGCUAUCGCAUUAAAACCGCAUCCCCCCCC